CCAAAAAAGGGUCAUCUAAUAAUUUAGGGACUCUUGCAAUGCCAACGGCGUCACAGCCUCCUCCGAUGUAUAGUCUCUUCCCUAAGCUCCGACCUCUCCUUUCUCACUCGCCCUCGCCCUGGCUUUUCACUGCUCCGUUCCGGCGGCGCCAGAGUCUGGCGUUUAGCGCUCUUCCUACAAAGACGAAAGCCAUGGACGCAGCGUUGAUGAAAGAGAAGUGGUUGGAGUCUCUCACUCUUCCUCCCUCCCCAGAAGAACACGUGGUGACUCAGGGGAAUACCGAGUCGAGUUAUGUCAUUGGAGUAGACCCAGACUUGUCCGGUGCUUUGGCUCUCUUGAAAUUUAACCACCUCUUGGGUUCUUCCGAAGCUCAGGUCUUUGAUACUCCUCACCUGCCGGUUUUAGUUGGAAAUAGAGUGCGGAAACGUUUGGAUGCGAAGUCAAUAGUUCAAUUGAUUCGAAGUCUAGAUAUACCCUCUGGAAGUACGGCAUAUAUAGAGCAAUCAACUCCUUUUCCUAAAGAUGGGAAACAGGGUUGGUAUAGCGGAGGUUUUGGAUUUGGAUUUUGGUUAGGAACACUUGUUACCUCUGGCUUUUCGGUUGUUCCCGUUUCUUCAGCCUUGUGGAAGAGGCAUUUUCAACUUGCUGGUGGAAACUGCACAAAGGAUGAUAGUAGACGAGUUGCAUCGGAGUUGUUUCCUUUGCUUAGUUCGCAACUCAAGAGAAAAAAGGACCAUGGUCGAGCUGAAGCGUUGCUCAUUGCGGCAUAUGGUGAAACUCUUAAAACCUCCAAACUGUUGAUCACGCCUCAAGAGUUUGUAUCUGAGGUUCACUGUUUAGAAAGCUAGUCAUUUUAAUGUUUUUCACUCUCAACUCAUUAGUUUCUUAUCAAACAAUUCUGAUUUGUACUCGAUACUUACCAUUGCUAACUUGUUAGUUUAGACUUUCAAAUAACAUUUCGAGAUCAAAUAUCGUGCUUCUGGUAAGAAGCUGUAAGUUAGCAUGAAA